GUAAUUCCUUCCUUCCGACUCGAUGGGCCAUAGAAAUGUGCGAGAAACGAGACUAGUCUGCUGUAUGAAGGUUGCAAAGAACAAAUUCAAUGCCAAUGAGCAAUCGAAAGGAGACAAAAGGUACCCGGUAAAAAUAAUUAGUGACUUAGUUUGUGAAGUGCGAACUAGUCAAUGUGUGAGGACUGUCUCGAAGUCAUUUGCCACCUCACAUCUUCAUGCUUGGAGGUGAUCUCUGCAGUCUGUUGGUUACCUAUGCAAGCAAUCUCAAGCGAUUGGCAAGCUUUUCAUUUAUUUUUUCUGGUGAGCACGACUGACGAGGGUCCCGCAAAUCUGUUGGAUCAGAAUGCGAUGAAAUAGUUAUGGAAUCCAUGAACGACUAAACACACUGUUCACUUUUCGUGUCUUAGUUUCAGCAAUAAAAAUCAUCUGUGUCAGAC